AUGGUUGACGUUUUUAACGUACAAAUCUUCUUUGUUGUCUUUAGAGAGACUUUAGAGGCAGUUAUUGUUGUUUCUGUCCUUUUGGCGUUUUUGAAACAAGGUUUAGGUAGUGCAAGCCAGAAUCCCAAAAUCUACAAGAAGCUAAGGAAACAAGUUUGGCUAGGGGCGAUUCUAGGGGUGAUUAUAUGUUUAAUCAUUGGUUGUGCAUUUAUUGGUGCAUUUUAUGGUUUAGGCAAUGAUAUUUGGGCCAAAUCUGAAGAUUUAUGGGAAGGUAUAUUUUGUAUUAUUGCAACUGUAUUGAUUUCUUUAAUGGGUAUACCAAUGUUGAGAAUUAAUAAAAUGAGAGAAAAAUGGAGAGUCAAGUUGGCUCAAGCCUUGAUUGAAAAGCCUGAAUCCAAAAAGGAUCGUUUUAAGUUGGGCCAGUUCACCAAAAGAUAUGCUUUGUUUAUUUUGCCCUUUAUCACAUGUUUGAGAGAAGGGUUGGAAGCUGUUGUUUUCGUUGGUGGUGUGGGUUUGAAUAAACCUGCUACCAGUUUCCCUAUUCCUGUUAUUGUUGGUUUGAUUGCUGGUAUUGCUGUUGGUACCUUACUUUUCUACUUUGGUUCAAACAUGUCAAUGCAAAUCUUUUUGAUCAUAUCAACGGGAAUCCUUUAUUUGAUCGCAGCUGGAUUAUUGUCAAGAGGUGUCUGGUUUUUUGAAACCUAUAUGUACAACAAAGCUACCGGUGGUGAUGCUUCCGAAAACGGUAGUGGACCAGGUACUUACGAUAUAGCCAAAUCGGUAUGGCACGUUAAUUGUUGUAAUCCAGAAACCGAUAAUGGUUGGGAUAUCUUUAAUGCUUUAUUGGGAUGGCAAAAUUCCGCUACAUAUGGUUCAGUUAUAUCGUACAAUGUUUAUUGGAUAGCAGUCAUUUGCAUUUUGUUGUUGAUGUUGUACGAAGAGAAAACCGGCCACUUGCCAUUUGUAAAGGGAAUUACAUUAAGAUCAUUGAAUCCAAUGUACCAUAUUAAGGGAAAGAAGAAACAUGAAUUAUCAGAAGAAGAAAAGAAAGAAUUGUUUGAGAAAGUUAAGGAACAGAAUUUUGCUAAACAAGCUGGAAUUGAAGAAGAUGAAGUUGAUGUAAAUGGAGAAGUUGUGGAGUUGGACUGUACCCCAUCUAACAAAUUAAUGAACUCAAAAGAGUAUAGUUAG